CCAUCGCUAGCUAGAUAGUGAAUUGUGGAUUGGACCAUGGCGGACAGUGCCAAGCUCGACGCUGCCUACAGCAGAGCAGUUCCUCACUCUAUUGAAGGCCUCUACAACUUUCAUGCGGCUGCGACGAUCCUUCGGAUUUCCCACGCUUUGGGGGAGCUGGAUGCUUCCGUCAUCCUCCAAAGCAAGAAAGACAACCUUCUCCAGUCCUUUUUCGACCGUUUGAAUGAUGUGGAACAGAGUCUAGCAGCAUCCAUAAUGAUGAGCAAGUCAGCGACUACUCCUCCAUCGUAUGCCAUUCACGAGAAUGCAAGCCGCAGAGCCCUUGUGAUUGUGGUGGAAGGAUUGGAUGGAUCCGGAAAAUCUUCCUUGGUGGACCGCUUGGCUUACAGAUUUAACAACAAAAAAGAACCCUCACAACAUGCCGUGGCCAUGGCGACACCUACCGAAUCGAUGAAUGCCGUACGACCCGUCUUUGACAAGCGAGGUGGACCUGUGGCGCGAGCCUUUUACAUGGUCAGCAAUUACAUUUUACAGUAUGAGAUUACACUAUUGGAACAAGAACAUCAACAAGAACCAUCAAAAGGGAGAUUAGUGGUAGUGGUGGAUCGAUGGUACACCAGCACCGUCGCGUAUUCCUGUGCUUGGAAAAAUACCACGGGUGCAGCUUCCUCCAUUGAUUCCCUUGCCUCGGGUCCACUUUUUUCCUGGCCUGUCGAUUUGAGAGCCCCGGAUGUGCUCUUUCUACUCCAAGUAGAAGAUUCAGUCCGACGAGAGCGAGUCCAAUCACGACGACAAAAGCAACAAUCUACUCCAGAUUCCUUCAAUCCAUGGGAUCAACGACUGGACGACGACCCACAAUUGGGGGAGCGAAUCAUGAGAGGGUUGGAGCGUGUGGGCGAGAGUUUGGUGACAAAAAGAGGUUCACGAGUCAUUUCCUUGAAUGCCAACCAGUCGCAACAACAAGUGCUGGAGGAUGCCAUGCAACAUGUCCAUCAAGUAUUCUCGGAACGACCAAUUCACCCACUUUCACAAUUUAAGCGACAACCUCUUGCAUGUUUCCAAUGGGUGUCGUCCGAAUUGAGUCUCUGCGAUCGUACCACGGGACGGCGAGGGAAGCAUGCGCCGUGGGCCUUUCAAAUCGCAUGGAACAACAAUCCAAGAAUGCAUCAUCAUCAUUCGAAAAAAAUCAGCGACGCAAUCAUAUCACCCGUACUCAAAACAGUGGGAAUACACAGUGUCAACGAAACGGGCAUUCUCUUUUUCAUGCGCUCCCUCAAACACGACAGCACGGCUGCCUUUCGGGCUUCCAUGGUGUGGAACGGAGGAGAAUAUCCGUAUGAACAACAAUGGAGAGGAGAAGGUAUGAUUGUGCCACUGAGCUGGUCCGAGUGCGAGUUUUUAGACACGCUGCCACCUCCCUCGUUGGUGGCCUACACCACGGCUUGUGAGGAAUGCGAUGAGGGAAAUGACAUGAAGAGUCAUUUGACCAGUAAGCAAUCACAGCGACUGCGAGAAAGAGCCAUGGCGCUUCGCAAAACGCCACCUCCUAGUGCGCAACAAGAGACGGUCUUGCAGGGGUUCCGCUUUGUCCCGCUUCGAAUGGAAGUCCUCGCGGGCGGCCCGAGCUCACCGGGUGGUCCGCUCCGGUACGAAUGGAACCGUGGGUUGCCAGACAAGACUUUGACGGAUCCCGAUGAGGAGCAGCGAGAGGAGAAACAUGGAUGGAGACCCUCGGUUCCCAUUUUACCGUUUCGUGCCGCCAAGCAACAUCCGCAACAGAACAAUCCAUUAUUAGUAUUGAAACCAAUCACCGUGGCCAUUACAGGGACGCACUGCGCAGGCAAGACGACUCUGUGUGAAAAGUUGGCGGAUAUUCUGGAUGCCGCGCUCCAUUUAGAGCAGGGGGAAAUUUUGCGCGACACGGAUGCUCUGGUUCCAGGAGGCCAUCGCCACGGGGAUGGAAGUGCCUCUUCAUCUUCUGCUGCGAGUUGGGACGACCGUGUAUUCGAGGCCGAAGUCGCUCGUGAUGGGCAAAGGUUCGACGCUGGUUAUUGUCGCAUUGUGGAGACGUGGCAUGUCGGCAACUUGGCAUGGGCAUUGCUGCGACUUCAGUCAUCGUCGUCGACGAGUGAUGACAAGAGCAAUCAUCAGACCGUGCUGUGGGAAAGGACCAAAGCUGCCAUUGAAAGUGAAUUGUCCCGUCGCUGCGUCAUGUCGGUUCACUUGAGCAUUGGUCCCGAUGACUCGUUGCGACGACGGCAACAGGAGGUAACCGAAGGAGUCGGAGCCAAGAGUCGUCUUCCCAUGAAAAACGAAUCGGAAGAGGUGGGCGAGCUUCAUCAAAUGUUGGACGUUGGCGUUAUGGAGCACAUGGAGCGGUUACAGAGAGAUCUGCAAAUCCCAACCUUGACAAUUGACAACUCGAACGACACCGCAUUGGAAGCGACAGCUCGAAGCAUCAUCCAUUUUAUCAAUCAAAAUCAAUGGCGCAGAGCAUACUAAAAAAUUCUAAGCAACAGGACGAGAUAAUGCAUCACAAUUCGCGCUUAGUUUUCUAUGGAACUCUAGCCAACCGGUAGCUCGUCUAUAUGAAUAUGAAACCAUGCGUCAAUUUGAACUGGAUGCCAACAAGCGAAAAAGACAGGAAUCAUUACGCUGAACCCGCUUUGCUUCCCAAUCUAGCCCUUGAGGUCCCGCUCUCGCUUCCAAUCGUAGACACCCCCUCGGAGAUGAAACAUGUCAUGAUCAAAGCCUGCCUGAGCCAAUGCCGGGUAAACUCCCACAUCAAGGAUGGACUCUCCCGGUAUUUUGGCUCCAGUGGAACAAUCCAAGAAUCGCAAGUCUUCAUCCAACAAAAGAUAGGAAUUUUGCAUCGCAGAGUUAUCUUCUGGGACCAGUUGUGGAAAGUGGGGUUGGUGGCGUUGGACAAAGCUUUGGAAUUGGUCAUCUGAUACCACCAGAGGCCGGGCAUCCCGCAAGGAUUGUUCAUUCCCCAUGUUUUCCUGAUCUAACAAGAGUACCUGAAAGACCUUCCAUCGACAAGGGUCCAAUUGCCGAACCUGAUCAAUCAUAUCUUCCUCCCAAUUGUAAGAAUUGACCACUGUAUUCAUUUUGAAGCGAAUGUUGUGUUUAUCGCACAUUUCUCGAACUUUCAAGAUUCGAUCCACGUGUUGAUUCUUCUUGAUCUGCUUGUUGCUGUCUUUAGUGUUAAUUGUUUCUCCUCUUCCAAUUUUGGCAUUGGUUUCAUCGCAGAAGGAAUCCACGCUAACUCCCAGGACAUCCACAUAUUGGCCAUAAUAGGCCAUCCAUUCUUCACUGAUGAGGCUACCAUUGCUGAUGAUUGAUACAGCCAUACCCAAUUCUUGGGAUGCCGUCUUGCAGAGUUCUCCCAGCUGUAGUGGCAAGAUAAAUGGUUCUCCACCCGCAAAAUUAAUCUUUUCCGUCCCCGCUUGCUGCAAGAGGCGAAGGCCUUCUUGGGCUUGAUCCAGUGGCAAAUGAUGGGACGUCUUCAUGGUAUGGAAACAAAACUGACAACUGUAGUUGCACUUGCGACUGAUAAAGUAAUUCACCGAUCGAACCAGUGACGACGGGGCGACAUCCAUCGUGGUAGGAGGAUCUUCUCCUGGGGGAUCGUCGUUGCGAAACCACAGAGAUGACCGUGCUGAAGGAGGCGUGGCCAAGGGAGCACGUGGUAACCAUGCCAAUGCAGAAGGUAGGGCAUAACAGCAGAUCACGACGAGCGAGUUCAGCAGGCUAAUGGUGGUAACUUUGGACACAAGCGUCAUUUUUGCUAAAGAGAUUGAUCGAAUUCUAAAGAUUGUGAAAAGAUCUGGCCGUUUACGCUGCUCAGCCAGCCAAGCAAAAAUUGAUGCCAUCCGUGAUAGCAUCUACAUCCAGUCCCAGCAUUCAAAAAGUACGUGAAGAUCCCUUU